AGCGGGUGAAAUGUUCUCUCAGCCACAGCGAGAAGUUUCUCUCAGUCCUCUGCAUUGCUCAGCGCUCUCAGGCUCUGAGCCAUGGCUGCCCAAUCACCAUGUGGAUGGUCAUGGAACUCACCGACCCACGCCACCGCCACAGUUAAAUGCUCUUCUGACUCCUCGAGUCUCUCUUCCUUCCACUCUGCUCCACAAAAACGACCUCGUUUCACGGCUUCUUCUUCUUCUCCUUCUUCUAGUAGCUCUAAAUCUACCGCCAAGCGGGGACUGAGAAAGCCCCUGAAAUUGGAUAGUGCGAGUCCGAAUCCAAGCAAAUUAGGUAAAAGUUCAAAUGGAAAUCGAUCUGAAGACGAAAAUAGAAAAACGACCCUAAGCUUCAAGUCCUUCUUUGGGAAACGAUCUCUGUGGCGAAGGAUAUUUUUCGCCUCUAAGAAAGUUCGGAGCAUCAUUUUGCUCAACGUUAUCACCGUUGUUUAUGCCAGUAACUUCUCGGUUGUGAAAGAGGUGGAAGCGAUCAUGGACCCAGCAGCCUUUACUGUUGUUCGGUUUGCUGUGUCGGCCAUUCCAUUCAUCCCAUUUGUGUUCCGAGCACGAGGUGAUAUUCAUACCCGUAAUGCAGGGAUUGAGUUGGGUUUCUGGGUCAGUCUAGGGUAUCUCAUGCAGGCUCUUGGAUUGCUAACAUCAGAUGCCGGUCGCGCAUCAUUUAUAUCUAUGUUCACUGUAGUUAUAGUUCCAUUGCUUGAUGGUAUGUUAGGAGCAAUAGUCCCCGCUCAUACCUGGUUCGGAGCUCUCAUGUCUAUCAUAGGAGUUGCAAUGCUGGAAUCCAGCGGAUCUCCACCCAGUGUUGGAGAUUUGUUGAACUUCUUAAGCGCCGUGUUUUUUGGUGUCCAUAUGUUAAGAACUGAACACAUUUCAAGAAACACGAAAAGAGAAAAUUUCUUACCUCUGCUCGGUUAUGAGGUAUGCGUUGUUGCUAUCAUGUCAACAAUGUGGUACUGCGUUGGAUCAGGGUCCGGGGGCCUCCAAGAUUGUAACCCAUCAUUGUGGACGUGGAAGAUAUUCUGGGAGUGGAUGGUGGUGUUUCCAUGGAUACCUGCACUGUACUCGGGCAUAUUCUCAACUGGUCUAUGCUUAUGGGUAGAGAUGGCCGCAAUGCGUGAUGUAUCAGCCACAGAAACAGCAAUAAUUUAUGGCUUGGAGCCAGUCUGGGGUGCUGGUUUUGCUUGGUUUCUCCUUGGGGAAAGGUGGGGCACUACUGGUUGGAUUGGGGCUGCACUGGUGCUAGGUGGAAGCUUAACAGUACAGAUCUUUGGAUCGACAUCUCCUGCAAAGUCUUACAAAGAGGGAAAGGACAGUAAGAAACUCGAUUACCCGGUGGUUUCGGAUAAACACAAUCGCCUUUCUGCCUCUCCAGUUACUGUUAGUUCCAGAAAGGAUAUUCCUGAUAUGCUAAAUAAGUGAGGAGCAAGAUCCCAUGUGUUCCAAAGAUAAUUCUGUAUAAUCCAUUUUACUUCUCCUUGUAAUUAUUUAAUUGUUAACUGGAUCUCAAUUUUGGACAGCUGAUGGGUGGAUGGUUGAGGGCUCUCAGUCUCAGCCUUAUAUGUAUAUACAUAUGCUGAUUUGCUGAUAUGCACAAUUACAGAUUACUUCAUACAUUAUUUAAGGAAUGGCAAAAUAUGGUGCUUCUUCGAAAC